CUGACUCCUAUCUCACAGCUUGUCAGUCGAGCACCAGCCGCCGUGGGAGUCAGACGUGUCCUCCCUACCUCGUGCGCACUUUACCACUCCUCCCAUACUCUCCCGGGGAAGGGAUUCUUUUAAAAGAUAAGCCGUGAUUCGAGGAAGUGAAGAUAAUAAGUGAUACUUUAGGAAUUACCCGAAUUAUAAUUAUUUAAAGCGGAACAAUUCGAGGUGAUUUCGGAACAUCAAUCAGGCGACGCUUAGUAGUGUAUUGUUAGUAAACAUUUCCACCACCGGACACUACUAAUAUAAGUAUAUUCACGAUGUUGUGGCGAGUGUGGGUGUUGUGUGUGGUGGUGGUGGGUGUGGCGCAGGGGCAGGAGAACACGGACACCAUCAACACCAAGGCCUCCAGCAUCCCCGGGUACGUGGAGCCCACCUCCAGCACCACCGCCCCGCCCCCCGUCACCACCUUCCGCCCGGAGUUCCGCCCCGAGGCGCGGGCGGCGGUGACCCACCUCCAGCACUUCCCUAGAGUCUCCGCCAACCCGUACUUCAUGGCUCCCUACGAGCCUUACUCCCUGGAGCCCGCCCGCACGCGCGCCGAUGGCACCACCAAGAGCAGGGCGCCCGUCGACGCCGCUUUCGACGGUGCCAGCGGGGCAGUGCUGGACGCCGGCGACAAGUACACCACCCUGGACCGCCUCCAGAGUGAGCGGGGCGCCCCGCCACCACUCCCCCGCCCGCAGAAGCACCAGCUGGGCGGCCUUCACCCUGACGAAGUCUUCUACGCCGACGACGACCUCCUCAUCAUCAAGGGCGGAGGCUUCAACUCCGACGCCUUCGAAGAGCCGCGACAGCCGCUGGACGACGAGGACGACUACAGGGAGGGCUCCCCCAGCAGGGUGUCCCAGGUGGUGGUGGCGGCGCGCCCCUCCCCCCACCAGGAGUACAACGGCAACGUUCCCGCCAUCGUGCCUUACACGCCGUCCCGCUCCCACCACCCCUUCGCCCUCUUCGUCGGAGGAGCCUCCGCCAGCAACUACGUCCUGGUGCCGUACGUGCUGCCCGAGGGCGCGGCUGCUGACGGAACCCUCACCAACACCAUCGACGGCACCAGCCCUCAGGUCAGGCGCCCGGGUCUCGCCGUGUCUUACGUGUACCCGCGGCCCUACCCGCCCUUCCUGCUGCCCGUCGCGCACCCCGGCGCCCUCGGGGCCUACCAGGUGUCGCCGCAGCACCCCGGCGCCCUCACACUGCCACACUCCCUGCACGGGGACACCGACGUCAACUACAGGCACCCGAGGCCCGCCAUCAACCCCGACGCCGAGCUGCUGCCAGAGACCAACAACUUCCCCGCCCACUACCCCGGCAGGAACCGUCGGAGGGAGGGCGGCAGGCCCAGGCUCUGAGACCCCCCCCACCACCCCUCCCCCCCGCCUCAACCACAUCACCGUAUUAUUCCACCGCUGUGACUCAACACUUGUUAGCCCCCCCACCCACAUGCACGCACGCACACACACACACACACACACACACAAACUUCUGCUCCAAAUCACUUGCCGUUCAUCUUUGUACAGUAGUAUUUUAAGCAUAGGUAAUUGACUUUAUAUAUUACAUAUAUAUGAAAUAUAUUAAUAAAAUAAUGUUAUUU